AUUAGUGGUCCAUCUUGUUCAGGGAAAACGACAGUAGCACGCAUUUUAAGACAAGUGCUUCGAAAUGUAAUUGUUUUUUACCAAGAUGACUUUUAUAAGCCUGACUCUCUAAUACCAAUAGAUGAAAAAACACAAUUAGAAAAUUGGGAUUGUCCAGAAUCAGUCUAUUUCGAUAAACUUGCAGAUUAUAUUGAAUAUGCACAAAAAGAAGGAAAAUUACCAUCAAAUUAUCACUCUAAAGAGGAGAAUAACACACAUGACGGAUCUUCUCUAAUUACCCAACAGACAUUGGCAAAAUUACAAGCCAUCUUGAAGCCCCUGAUGGAUGACGAGAAUAUUUUUCUUGUUGAUGGAUUCAUUGCUCUAUUGGACGAAAGAGUGACAAGUCUUUUAGAUUGUAAGGUAUUUGUGACAGCAAGUUAUCAUUCAUUGAAAUCAAGACGAGAGAAACGACAGGGAUAUCACACUGUAGAAGGUUAUUGGGUAGAUCCACCAACUAUUUUUGAUAAGAUUCCAACAAACGAGAUGAUUAGUGAUUUAUUUACUCUAAAUACGGAUGAGAAUUCGAUUGAAGAGACAGCACUAAAAGUGUCAAAUCAUCUUUGUAAGGAAUUAUUAUAAACCAUCGUUUUCUGUCAUUAGAAAAAGAUAAAUAAAUAGAAUAAAGCGUAUGUGUGUAUAUAUAAUAAUAAUUGUAUUAUUAGUAUCAUAGACUAUAUCAAACAGAUCUCUUCUGCAUUAAAAAAAAAA